AGCGUCAUAGUGCUGCUUUCGAUUAGAACCGACGGCUGUAUCUUAAAUGGCGAUGAAGUGCACUAGGUAGGGCGCGGAAUCCUACUAGUUCACAGCGUGUUGUAGUGCGCGUGCAUAGGGAGCAUGUAGGAAUUGGGAUUUGACUCAUGACUGACUUUGCUAUUCAGGUUAUUCAGUGUUAUGGACGUUUUUUUCUGAACAGGUUGUUAUUUAUGAUUAUAUCAAAGCGUGCACAAGUUUUAUAUAUGUAUAAUAAACUUAAAUUCCUGGAUAAUUGACAUUUAGAGUCGCUAGUUAGCUAGGAAUGCUAACUUGCUAGCUAGAACUUUGUUGCUGUUGUCACCUAACUGAAGGAAUGUUCAGUGUGGCCUUGUGUUAUUGUUAUAAAUGUUAGGUAAAUAGUUCAUUUUAGUGCCCGGAAACGUUUUAAUCAUAUUUUUUCACACUGAAAAGACACUUUUAAAGAAGCAGGAGGUCAAAAACGAACUUUUUAAUCAGCCUCAGUGUGUGAGUUUUGUGAAUAUUUGUGGAUAUUUAGCAUCAUAAGUUAAAAAUUUUCUGAAACUAAAGGAACAACAAAAUAAGAAAUAUUUUUCUGUUAUCAAUCUGUCAUCCCUCCAUCAUUACAUUUGAAGUGUGUGUGUGUUUAAAGUAAAAACACACACAUAUUAAAACAGUGCAUUUACUUUCCCAUUAAUUAAACCUGUGAGUGGUGAAGGUCUCGUCGCACGUGCGACAGCUAUAUUUUCGCGGGGUGCCUGAGGUUGCCAUAGCGACGGGGCCUCGCGCCAUCUGUUGCUUCCUGGAUGCGCGCGCACGCACGCUAUAUAAACCUGCGGUGAAAAGGUUAGCAUCAGAGGCUAAACGUUCUGAGAGAAAAGAAAAGAGGGAAGAGAAGAGAAAAUAAAAUGGGGCGGGAUUGUUUCUAAGUUUGUUUUUAGUUACGUCCGAGGAAACAGCGGUUUAAAUUACGGCUCUGGUUUUACAAGUCAAAUAGUUACACAACCAAAACAAAACAAAAGAUUAAAAAAAAAGAGAGAGAGGGAGAAAUGGAGGGAGAGAGAGAGAGAGGGGGGAGUGGUGAGAGUCUAACCCGGGAAAAUGAGCCUGUGAGGCGGCAGUGAUGCUGCACUUUCCCCCGCCGCCUCUCACUUUACCUCAGAGUCUCCAUCAGCUUCAUCACGGAUUAUCUCACUUUUAUCUCCAACUUAGUUUUAAUUUUCUCAACUUUAAUCAAAUUAAUCACAUUUCCAGCAGCGUGGACUGUAAACCUAAAUGUAAGUAAGCGCUGAGGGAUAAAAUGGCGACAGGCGGAGCUCUGUUUGAUGACGGUGCAGACGAACAGGAGCUGCACAACUGGACCAUCAGCAACGGCAGCCUGGACGACCGGCUCAAUAAUAUGGACUGGGGCGUUCAGCAGAAAAAGGCGAACCGUUCGUCAGAGAAGAACAGGAAGAAGCUCUCCGCCGUGUCCGAGAGCCGUCUGACCAACGACAUCUCCCCGGAGUCGACGCCGGGGGCGGGGCGUAGGCGAGCGAGAACGCCGCACUCGUUCCCUCACGUUAAGUACACUACACAGAUGUCCGUUCCCGAUCAGGCCGAGCUCGAGCGACUGCGGCAGCGCAUCAACUUCACCGACCUGGACGAGAGGAGCAUCGGGAGCGACUCGCAGGGCCGCGUCACCGCAGCCAACAACCAGCGGCAGCUUUCCUCCGAGCCGCGGAAACCCUUCAACUUCCUCCCGCUGCACGUCAACACUAACAAGAGCAGAGAUUCUUCUGCUUCUACCCCACCUGCUACCACUACCGGGGGUAAAGAGGCUAAGAAGCAGAGCCCGGUGUCCGUCGCACCUGUCGCACCUGUCACACCUGUCGCACCUGUCGCACCUGAUAAAGAGCCGUACGGAGCCGAGAGAACCUCAGCAGGCCCUCUGGUGGACGGGAGAGGAGAACCGGCUAUCGACAGCAGCCAGGUGGUCAGUAAGCUGGUACAGAUCCGUGAGUACAUCAGCAGAGCCAGCUCUAUGAGGGACGACCUGCUGGAGAAGAACGACGUUCCAGCUAACGUCGAGCGCCUCUCUCACCUCAUCACACACCUGAAGGAGCAGGAGAAGUCGUACUUGCGCUUUCUGCAGAAGAUGCUGGCGAGAGAGAACGAGGAGGAGGAGGAUGAGGAGGAGGACGAAGGUGCCACGGUGGACUCGGCGGUGUGUUCGGGCUCCAUGGCCGAGAGCGCGUCUCUGAACCUAGAGCCUCGGUCAGAAGCCGCAGACCCCACCUGUUACCGGGUCGGGGGUCAGCAGAAGGAGGAGUUGGAGAACCUGCGCAAGCAGCACGACCUCCUGCAGAAGAUGCUGCAGCAGCAGGAGGAGCUGCGAGAGCUGCAGAACCGCCAGGCCGCCCUGCUCACCAUGCAGAACCGAGCCGAACACGCCAUGGACGACACCGUUGUAACAGAGACUACAGGAAGUGUGUCAGGUGUCAGCAUCACUUCAGAACUCAAUGAUGAACUCAACGACCUCAUACGACGCUUCCACAACCAACUGCACGACUCUCAGUCUCCGGCGGUGCCUGAUAACCGGCGUCAGGCUGAGAGUCUGUCUCUGUCUAGGGAGGUGUCCCGAUCUCGCUCUACCCACAGUCCUCGGGGGCAGCAAACCCUUGGCGGCGGCGCUGCUGCUGCUGCUGCUUCUCCCUCCCCUGCUAGUGCCAAGCUCACCAAACUACAGGAGCUCCAGGACAAGAAGCAGACGAUGGACAAAAUCCUGCAGGAGCUUCAUUCCCUCCGAGACCAGACGCUAAACAACAGCUCGUGCCGUGGUGCAUCUCAGCGAGCUUCUGAGCGUCCCUCGACGUCGGGGCGAGACGGGAACGGCGUGUGUGUACCGAGGCAGGAUUCUUCAUCUUAUGACGAUGGAGGAAAUCCGGCUGAAAAACUGAGGAAGCUGAAGGAGGUGCACAAGCGUCUGAACGAGCUAAGAGAGCUGGUGCAGUACUACGAGCAGACGUCUGACAUGAUGGUGGACACGGUGAACGAGAACGUGAACGAAGACGAGGAGGACGAGACGGAAGACGGGUCGCUCUUCGAAACCAUGUUCGAUUCGGAACAGGAGAACCGAGAACCCGUCACGAACAUCAGAAACCCUGCUCAGCCUCAGUCUACGUCUAACUGGAUGGACAUGAACACGCUGACGAACGCCUGCAGCAGCUCCAACAACAGAGUCGGCCGCCUGAACUCUCAGUGUGACGUCAACAACCGCUCGGCCGCUAACCUGCGCAGCCUCAACGUCCCCUCAGUCAUAGAGUGCCAGUAUAACCGAGACGGCUCCUACAACGGCGCAAAGCACGGGAACGGCGAUGAAGACGACGAGGACGAUGAUGACGAUGGUGCUGAGGAGGAAGAUGGAGCGAGGCGAGGGAGGAGAGAGAGCUCUGGUUCGGGGUCGAGUCGCCGGAGCAGCAUCGCAGACGACGCAGAGUUCGCUCAGAAAGUCCAUCGUCUCCAAACGGCCAAGCAGAAACUGCAGCAGCUGCGCGAGCUCGUCGCCAUGGUGCAGAGUGAUGACACGGACACCACGGCAGCCAAUGAGGACGAAGGAUUGCAACAGCAACCCAACAACACCAGAGCGACUGCACCUAAGGCCAAGAGAGAACUUACGCUCUCUGACAAGGCCAGGGAGAAGCUGUAUGAGGAGAAGUUGAGGCAGCAGCAGCAGGAGCUGAAGCAGCUUCAUGAGGAGAGACAGAGACUGAUGGAGAUCCAGGGCAAAAUCCAGGACCUGCAGUGGGCGUGUCCCGAUCUACAGUCGUCGGUGUCGAGUGCGGCGAGCGGUGUGAUGAUGAUGAAGAAGCUCCCUGCUGCAGCUUCCACUCCUGCUGUCGCACCGUCCACAUCGGCGAAGAGUAACACCGCCGUGCUCAAACACACCACCGAGCCCGCGCCCGUCACCAUCACCGACAACGAGUUGUGGUCAGAGAUGCGCAGACACCAGGUCCUGCGUGAGGAACUGAGGCAGAGACGGAAACAUCUGGAAAGUCUGAUGGCCGAGCAGCAGAGGAGGAGUGACACACACCCUACACACAGCUUCACCCGGGAUGACAGGACCAUGGCAACGUGGGGCGGCUCCACUCAGUGUCCACUGGGUGAGGAGGAGGAUGAUGAAGAUUACCCAUCUGAGCUUGGCGCGCAAGAAGACGAGGAUGAGGAAGAGGAAGAGGGAGCAGAGUCGAGCUCCACUGAUGAGCCACACUCGUACUCUAACAGGAAAUCCUGCAGCAGCGGCAAGAACAGGGACAGCGUAAAGGGUUCAUCUCCACGCUGCACCAGAUCUCGGCCUCGUCCCAAUCCCAGAGGGACGAAGAGGCAGGAAAACCUGCGCUGGGCCGCCGACCUGUCGGCCUCCGAGAGCGCCACACACACUCACACACACUGGCAGGAGCAGACCACACAGCUGCAGAGACAGCUGGACUUCAGCACUGCCAUGUGUCAGAUGCUGCUGCAGGACCAGCAGACUCUUUCGUGCAUGCUGCAGUCAAUGUUGACGGCACCGUAUAACGUGUUGCCGAAUAACCUGGGCUCACCGCAGGUGCCACUCAUCAUGCACCAGCUCAACCAGUGUUACACACAGCUCGCCUGGCAACAGAACAACGUCAACAGGUUGAAGCAGACUCUGAAUGACCUCCUUCGACAGCAGCAGCAACAGCAGGCGUCGUCAGGGCAACAGCAGCAUCAGAACGUAGCGCGGGAUUCCGUCUCGCCUUCGCCAUUCCUGCCUUUCCCUCCCAUCAGCACGCUUGGCAUGAACAACUUUUCCCCUAUCGCCGCUGGUUUUAAUCUCUCUCCCAUGUUCCCGUCCGUGGGUUCAGAGAUUCAGCAGGCAUCAGGAGCUCAGGCCGGCGCUGAUCUGCAGCCCGACCCCAACAUGUCCCUUAAAACCGAGUACAUGAGCUUCCCGCCUCCGCUGCAGCGGACCCCGCUCAACAACGCUCACACACGCUCUCAGGAUGAUCCUAAAAACUCCAGCUGGCUGAACUCGUCCCUGAACAGGUCAUGUGACCAGCGAGGCAGCGACCAAGGCCCGCUGGACUCCCAUGAUUCCUUGAGCAGCAUGCCUGACCGUGUCGAUCCCUCCACUGUCACCAAGACCUACAGACCCGGGCGCAAAGCCUCGGCUCAGGCCAGCCUCGCCUCCAGAGACAAAACCCCAAAGACCCGGCGCAGGAGGGGCAAGAACCACAACAACCCUGCAGGUUUGGACAGCGACAGUGUUUCGAGUGCCACAGAACUUGAUCACGAGCGCGAAAAGGGGAGAGAGAGAGAACGAGAGCGCUCGGCUCAGCCGAGAGCCCGGGAUCCGAACCAGAGCCUCCUGGACAAGCUUACUCAGGAGAAACUGGACAGCAAGACCAAAAAGCACAAUGACGUCUCCUCAGCAGCGUAUGCAUGGAGAACCCCCUUCCUCUCUAACCAAAUCGCAUGCACCGAAGCUCCAGACGGCAGCAGUGACUUCUCUCUGUUCGAGGCUCUGAGAGAGACUAUCUACUCGGAGGUGGCCACGCUGAUCUCACAGAACGAGUCUCGUCCUCACUUCCUCAUUGAGCUCUUCCACGAGCUGCAGCUUCUCAACACCGACUACCUUCGCCAGAGGGCGCUCUACUCACUGCAGGAUAUUGUAACCAGGCACCUGACUGAGAAGAGCGUUGCCGAGGAGCCGGGGUCGUCGCUAGGGCCGGGGUCACAGUCUGAACUCACUCCUAGCGAGAGUCUCGCCACUACUGACAAUGACGUAUCUGAGAAGGACGUGAGGGUGAAACUCAGCUCUAGAAGGAAGAGAGCCGUGGAGGGAGACUCGGUGGACAGCGAGAGCUUGUUGUCCACGUCCUCCAACCUGGAGCCAUUCGCCAGCGAUGAUCUGGGUAACACAGUGAUUCAUUUAGAUAAAGCUCUGGUGCGAAUGCGGGAGUUUGAGCGUAUGAAGCUAAAGGCCGGGUUUCCUCCUCCUGCUCCUCCUCCUCCUCCUCCUCCUCCUCCUCCUACUGCUGCUGCUGCUGUCUCUACAGCGCCCCCUGUCUCUAAUCCUGAGCUCUCUGCUGUUCCCGCUGCCGCCGCCGCUGCUGCUGGUGAUCCAGCGCUUAACCAAGGUCAGGACAUACGUUGCCCUCAGAUUGACACACAGCAGUUGGACAGACAGAUCAAAGCCAUCAUGACGGAGGUCAUCCCCUUCCUCAAGGAGCACAUGGGCGAGGUGUGUUCUCCGCAGCUCCUGACGUCGGUGAGGCGCAUGGUGCUGACGCUGACUCAGCAAAACGACGACAGCCGAGAGUUCAUGCGCUUCUUCCACAAACAGCUCGGGGGUAUCCUGCAGGAGUCCCUGAGUAAGUUCGUGGGCCGCACGCUGCAGGACUGUGGUGAGGAUCUGCUGGUGGAGAUCUCAGAGAUCCUCUUUAACGAGCUCGCCUUCUUCAGGCUCAUGCAGGACCUCGACCAGAACACACACCGCGCCAAGAGACACACACAGACCACGCCCACUAAACACACACCCUCCACCGAGGGGAAGAAGUCUGAAGGAGAAAAGACCUUCUCACCUUCAUAUUUUGACGAGGAUAAAGACCGGGAUGAGACGGAGCAGGGAAAGACGAGUCUCUGCCUCGAGGGAGAGAGAGAGCGAACGGAUGAGAAACCGAGCAGGGAUGCCUCCGAGGAGGAGGAAGAUGAAGAAGAGGAGGAGGAGGAGGAAGAGGAAGGAGACAGACUUCCGCUGUCUAUAAGCUUGUCCAAAGCGGAGACGCAGGCGUUGAAUAACUACGGCAGCGGUGAGGAUGAGAAUGAGGAAGAGGAGGCGGAAGAGUUUGAGGCCGGAUCUGUGGAAGUGCAGACGUCCCUGCAGGCCUCGGACAACACCGCAGAACACUCACAGUGUAAUGGAGUUUCACUAAACGGAGCUGCGCAGGAGACCAAGUCAGACCACGAGAGCACGGAAAGUACUGAAGUGAAGAGCUGCAAGUCGGAGUGUGUAGAGACGAUGGAGGACGAGCGAGACGCUGAAGCCGCAAACACACACACACACACACACGGCAAGGACGAGUCUGCUGUCCCUCUCGCCACGCCCUCACAGGAGAGUCCGCAUGGCUCCACCACGGCCAGCCCUCAGACCGACUCGCCUGUUCUGGUUAACGCAGAUGAGGUCGGGUCUGGAAACACCAGUCAGAAAUCUGAUGAGGAGGAUUUCGUCAAGGUUGAAGACCUCCCAGUGCAGCUCUCAGUGAUGUGCCAGGAGGAGUUGUGUAAGCAGAUCUUAGAGGAACAGAGGAGCAAUAAUCUGACGCGUGAGAUCCUGAACGGAAACGCGGAGGGGCUGAGUGGACUCGUGGGCAACGCACACGCUCUCAAAGAGCCUGAAACCGUCGGAGCGCAGAGUGCAUGAAGCCGGGGGAUUUUAAUCACCGCAUCCUGACACUACAGCAUCAUAUUUAUCUUAAUGUGUUUAAUUUUAUACUGAUGUGAUUUUAAAUCACAGCAAAUAAGUAAUUACAUCUCAGAGCGACAUGCCACAAGUUCAGCCUGAGCCUCGCUGACGUUUUCGCGUUUCAGUGCGUUUAUUUAUCUGAAAUUAAUCUGACGGUUCAUUUGAGAAGAAACACUGUAAUUCUAAGGUUUGUGUUGAAUUCUGUAACUUGAUGCCUCCUGUUCGCUGCUUAAAGCCGAGCCUCACACUGGAAACUUUCAGCGAUGAACAUGGUGUUUUGUUCUUUCUUUUUCUUCUUCUUUUUUUUUUUUUGGUUCGAUUAUUUCUUUCUCUCUUGCCUUCUGAAAGGUCUCAGAGCCUCCUUCUCCUCCUCUUCCUUCUCCUUCUCCUCCUCUUCCUUCUCCUUCUCCUUCUCCUCCUCUUCCUCCUCCUUCUCCUCCUCCUCCUUCUCUUCUUCCUUCUCCUCCUUCUGCUUCUCCUCCUCCUUCUCCUCCUCCUCCUUCUCUUCUUCCUUCUCCUCCUUCUUCUUCUCCUCCUCCUCCUUCUCCUUCUCCUCCUCUUCCUUCUCCUUCUCCUCCUCCUCCUUCUCCUUCUCCUCCUCUUCCUCCUCCUUCUCCUCCUUCUCUUCCUUCUCUUCUUCCUCCUCCUCCUUCUCCUCCUUCUCCUCCUCCUCUUCUUCCUUCUCCUCCUUCUCUUCUUCCUCCUCCUCCUUCUCCUCCUCCUCCUUCUCUUCUUCCUUCUCCUCCUUCUCUUCCUUCUCUUCUUCCUCCUCCUCCUUCUCCUCCUUCUCCUCCUUCUCUUCUUCCUUCUCCUCCUUCUGCUUCUCCUCCUCGUCCUCCUCCUUCUCUUCUUCCUUCUCCUCCUUCUCUUCCUUCUCCUCUUCCUCCUUCUCCCCCUCCUUCUCCUCCUCCUCCUUCUCCUCUUCCUCCUUCUCCCCCUCCUUCUCCUCCUCUUCCUCCUUAUGCACUUUGUGCCCCAGAAACAGAUUAGAGGUUAGAGUAUCUCAGAACCGAGAUAUUCGACGUCAUCAGCUAAUGUAAGACACUUCUUUAAUGUGAAAUGAACCUUUUCUGAAAACCUUUUUGAGAGGAAUCGUGAGCGCCGAUCUCCGCCUUUCUCUCCUCCCUCCUCCAGGGGGCGUAUUUCAGCCUUAAUGCAUUCUUUUAAUUUUCUUUAUUCUCUUUUUUCCCCUCAUUUUAGCUUUUAUUUUCUUCCCAGUUUAAAUUCCUGGUACUCUGAAUCUGUUUUCAUCGGGUUUAAAUGUUAGUGAAGGUUUUAAGGUAACAAAUAAAACAUUAAUUUUUACUUUGUCCCUCAAAAACUUGUUCCAGGUGCCUUUAUUUGCUUUUGACCUCUUCACAGCAGGAAGUUUUUCCGUGACUCGAGAGUGCGCUCAUCAUCUCCUGGGGUUUAUUAUAAUUUUAGAAUUAAUUUUAAACAUAAGUUUAAAACGCAAGUUUAAAAUUAAGAGCAACUUGUCACUUGCUGGUGUAAACGAUCAAAACCUCCAUCAGUGGGAACUGCUUUUCUGUGUGAACAAAAGAAACGGGAGAAUUCUCUUAAAAUACGCAAUAAAAUCAGUGUAUUCAUUCCACCAUUUUUUUUAAAGUUAGUGGAAAAAUUAACCUCUAUUUUACUAUUUAUCUGUAAUAAACAUGAAGCGAAAUGGCGGCACAGCGACAGACCUGCCAACAUUUACACAUUUAACAUCGCUGCCUGGUGUUAACAUUCAACAAUUACACAAAAGGAACAGUCUUUAUUUUCCCCUAUAAAAACAGCAGAUGCUUUGUUGGAAUGAUUGACAUUUGCGUAAGUGUUUUGAACUCUCGGAUAUUAACUCACUCCCUGGAAGCCCCGCCCCCAUUUCCCAAUUUAACUGCUUGAAAGAUUCACUGAUGCAGCUUCCUCACUUUCUGUUACGGUAAACGGAGAAUGUUUUGAAUCGAUUCGUUUGUGUAGUUAGCAUAAUUAACAGAUCAGAUCAUAGGCCUACAUCAAAGUGUAAAAUCUUGCACAUUACAAAUAAUUUUAAGGGUAACGAUAAUUAGAAAGUGAUUUAAAACGCUGCUUGCUCUCCUGCAAAAAGUGCAAUCAAGCUCACUGUUGUAGAAACUGAAAUGUGUGUUUUACAACAAUCCAAAACCAUGAAAAAUAAAUAUUACUGAAGACA